UUCAUCCACUCCACCCUACCACCAUAAUUUCAAAACGCCACUGUGGGACGGACACUGGAAGAAGCAAAAAAGUGGAGUGCCCCAUUCACCUAACUUCAAAAACUGAUUUUCCCCGCCCCAUUACCAGCCCUCCGUCAACGCAGAUUAACGGCUCAGAUUCUCUACCAUUAAUCUUCGUUUCCCCCUUCUCUUCUUCCAUAGUUCAACUUUCCUGAGCUCGGUUCUUCUGCUUUGCUACUUCUCUGGACAAUCAUCAUUUUCCCGCAGAAUUUUUCACUUUCCGGGAAAAUUUCUGGAAAAACAUUUCAAAAAUCGACAGAUUUUCCAACUGGGUCAGUGGGAUUUUCUGGGUAUGUUUGGGCAGUGAGAAAAUCAACGAAGAAUGCCUGUUUCGACUCGGUCUCAGAUCAUGAACGAGGGCCAAAAUGAAGCAACUUCAUGUCAAGAAGAUAAACAGCAUCUGAAUCUUCCACCUAGAAAUCUUCACCAUGGAUUGAAAGAGAAAAUGAAGGCAUUAACCCUUUUGUACGAGCAGCAGAAGCUUGCUUCUGCAGCUCUCAGGAGGUCAUCACCAAAAGGGGAAGAUCUAAGAUUCACAACGCAUUCAAGCCUGGAGCUAAAGGGUUGUUGUAAGAAAGAGGUGAAAGAGGCGAAGCUUGAGAAUGUGAUGAGAGAAAAUGCAAUGCCUAAUUCAACUGUUACAAGAACUUACGUUCUUCCCCAACCGCCGAUGGCCGAUGCAAAGGAGAAUGUGGGGGUUGGAACCGAUCGAAUUGUCGGGUUUUCAUGCUCGAGAAAGGCGAGUGAGUUGACGAGUGUAGCGAGGAAGUUGUCAUUAGGGAACUCAAUGGCUGUGAUGGAAGAGAAGGAGAAUGUGGGGUGUAAGAAUAUGCAAGAAAUGGAGGAAUUUGGGAGUUCUUCAGAGAAGGAGAGUUCUGGGAAAACCCGGAUUUUGGUGUUUGUGAGGCUAAGGCCAAUGGCUAAGAGGGAAAAGGAAGCGGGAUCGAGGUGUUGUGUUAAAAUAGUGAAUGGAAGAGAUCUUUAUUUGACAGAGUUUGCUAAUGAGAAUGAUUAUUUGAGGCUGAAGAGGCUUCGUGGACGCCAUUUUACCUUUGAUGCUUCUUUUCCGGACACUACAAAUCAGAAGGAAGUCUAUUCCACCACGACAGCAGAGGUUGUAGAGGGAGUAUUACAGGGAAGGAAUGGGUCUGUGUUCUGCUAUGGAGCCACUGGGGCUGGAAAGACCUACACAAUGCUAGGAACGGUUGAGAACCCUGGAGUUAUGGUUUUAGCUAUCAAAGACCUCUUCACCAAGAUUAGGCAGAGGAGCUGCGAUGGGAACCAUGCCGUUCACCUCUCUUAUAUUGAGGUCUACAAUGAAACAGUCAGAGAUUUGUUAUCCCCCGGAAGGCCAUUAGUCCUCCGAGAAGACAAGCAGGGCAUUGUUGCUGCUGGUCUUACACAAUACAGAGCUUACUCCACAGAUGAAGUGAUGGCGUUGCUUCAGCGGGGAAAUCAAAACCGCACAACCGAACCGACCCGUGUUAACGAAACUUCUUCACGGUCUCAUGCUAUACUUCAGGUAACAGUUGAAUACCAAGCCAGAGAUGGUGGAAUGAACGUCGUAAACCGAGUAGGGAAGCUGUCAUUGAUUGAUCUUGCUGGGUCAGAGAGGGCACUUGCCACAGACCAAAGAACACUAAGAUCUCUUGAGGGAGCAAACAUAAACAGAUCACUACUUGCUCUAAGUAGUUGCAUCAAUGCCCUUGUGGAAGGAAAGAAGCACAUUCCUUAUAGGAAUUCAAAACUCACACAGCUUCUUAAGGACUCAUUAGGAGGAGCUUGUAACACUGUGAUGAUUGCAAAUAUUAGCCCAAGCGACUUAUCAUUUGGUGAAACCCAAAAUACACUUCAUUGGGCUGAUCGUGCUAAAGAGAUCAGAACUAAGAUUGCAGAGGCAAAUGAGGAGAUAAUGAUGAAGGUACCCGAAUCUGAAUCAGACCAGGCUAAACUAUUGCUCGAAUUGCAGAAAGAAAAUCGAGAAUUGCGCGUGCAGUUGGUUCGUCAGCAACAGAAGUUGCUAACCUUACAGGCGCAAUCCUUGGCUGCGGUCGCUUCAUCGACCCCGUCUUCAGCCACAUCUCUUCUAACUCCUCCAACAUCAGUCCACCAAAAUGAGAGACGAAAACCAAGAUCCUCCUUCUUAAAUGGGAACUGUUUUACACCAGAAUCUAGAAAGAAGGGAGCAGAGGAAGCGGUUCGAGAGCUUCGCCGCACGGUGAAACAAUUAGAAGCAGAGCUUGAGAAGACAAAGAAAGAGCACAUUGUGGAGUUAAAGCACAAAGAUGAUCUUAUUAAUGAACUCUUGAAGAAGGGCGAAAAACCAACAGGGACAAGAAGCAGCUUAAGACCAAAGGAACCAAGCGUAGGUGAGCUGAGGAGCCCAAGCCACCGUUUCAAAUCACCAGCUCCAACAGCUAAAAAACGAAGCUUUUGGGACAUAACAACAACUAAUAGCCCUUCUGUUGCCACAUUAAAUGGAAGGAAGACUAGAAGCCAUGUCCUUGCAGAACCUCCUACUGCUGCUCCCUCUUUGCUUCGUCAGCCGGGUUUUGCUCGACAGAAGCCAUAGCUUCGGAGUAAGACUCAAAGAAGAGAUUGACAAGAAGAAACAGGAUUGCCACUAUGAGAAGAACAAAAGGUAUAAAGAAGUCCUGCUUUAGGAGGGAGCGUUAUGGUAUAUAAUUCUUCUGCUUCUUCUGAUGGAUUUUUCAUGUAUACAACUGAUUAGCCCAUAGAUUUUCUUAGUUUUUUCUGUUCUUGUUAUGUGAAUCUUUGCGACUGAAACUGUGUUACAUAUUAUUUUAUUCUUUCUUAGUCAAAACCCAUGUACUGACUAACUGGAACACAUUCCAUGAGAUAUCUCUUCACUUUGUUUGCUUUGUCUGAGGUAUCAUCUGGGUAUUUAUUAAUCACCCCAAGAAUGACAAGUUUCAACUUUAUUUUCUCUCUCAA